AUGUCGUGGCUCCUCUGGCUACCCAUUAUUCUCUUCCUGCUCUCAAACUUCAAAGCCCUCCCACUCGUCUGGCACCUCCGCCUCUUCACCUUCCUCUUCCAAUCCCGCCACUGGCGCUCCAUCCCAGACGCCGUCGCCGCCAAGCAGCAGGCCAAAGUCACAGAUCUCCCCACACGACAGCCUUUACUGCUCUGCCCACAGAUCAUGCACACCCGCUCUCCCCUGCUGGAAAUCGACUUCUACAUGCACAAGUCGAACGCGAGUUUCAUCACCGACGUGGACAUUGCACGGUCGCACCUCGUGGCGUCGCUCAUUGGCAUGCACACGAUUCGGCAUCCGCCCAGCAGUGCGCUGCUGCCGCUUCCUGAUGGUGCAGUGGAGAAGCAAGGCAGCAAUGCGCAGAGUGGUGCGGGGGAGGCGAAGAAGGGUGGAGGAGGAGGAGGAGGAGGAGGAGGAGGAGGGAAGAAGAUGCUGGCGAUCGUGCUGGCGGGAAUCGAAGGUGUGUUUAGGCGGGAGAUCAAGCCGUACCAGAAGUACGAGGUGUGGACGCGCGUGGUGGGCUGGGAUGAGAAGUCGGUGUGGUUUGCGAGCUGGUUUGUGCGGGCGGGCGCUGUGGCGAGGGCGGGGAGAGAUGCGGCUUUGCACGGUGAGUCCGGGGAUGGGAAACGCAAGAGGAUUGUAAUUGGGAGGGAGGAGGCGGAGAAAGCGGUGUUGGCCGUGGUGAUUAGUCGGAAUGUGGUCAAGUUGGGGAGGGACAGGGUAAGGCCGCAGACGUUGUGGGAGGCUAGGGGGCUGGUGGGGCCAGAGGUCAGGGAAGCGGUGGAGAAUCAGAGGCUGAGAGGGAUGAAGGCUGUGAAGGAGGGCGAUCAAGCGGAGUUGAUGGAGAUAUGGAUUGAUAUGGUGGCUUUACAGGAGAGGGUCGAGGUUCUGGCCGAUUAUGGUGACAUCUGGGCUGGAGCUUGGUCUUGGUUCUAG